CGCCGGUCUGAUGGAUGGUUUGGUCCAGCAUGAGCUCCUCCGGAAUUCAUCGGGGUUACCUAAGGAAAUACGGGGGCUUUCUCUUUAAGCAAUGGAAGGAGAAGUUCCUUUUCCUCUCCAUGGACGGGAGCCUCCUGAUCGGCCGUGAUGCCCAGUCCCCGGCCGAGCUGGGCAUCUCGCUCAGCACCAGCUGCCAGGCCAUCCUGGAGGGCAGCGAGAUCGGCGACCUGCCCCGCCUGCCCCUGGGUGCCCAGCGGGACAGCUGCUUCGGCCUCAGCCUCAGGGAUGGGAAGUUCCUUCUGCUGCUGGCCCCAGACAGCCAGGAGUGCAGGCAGUGGCUCAACAUCCUCCGCAAAGUCAAAGAGAGCUUCUCCCAAGGGUCCCCAGCGAGGUGCAAGCUGCACAUCGACUCUCCGUCUAGGAAAUGCUGCUGGAAAGAAGGGGGAGGAGGUUCUCCUGGCACACAGAACAGAGAAGCCACCAGGAGCAGCCUGUGCAAGGAGCCUUGCUCGCCCCGUUGCCUGCGCCACGGCUCCCAGAUGCAUGCGGGGGUGAAGGCCGCCUGCCUGCUGAUGGGGGGAGCAGCAGCCGGCCCCACCAUGGGCUACAUGGUGACCUCAGCCACGGCCAGCCGGCCUGGGGAGAUGCACCCCCCCGACUUCAAAGAACUGGGCUAUCACCCAUCCGCCUGCGAUGCUGAGGCCUCCCAGUAUGAGAUGCUGGAUUACGAAGGGCUGGACCAGGACUUCGACGCGCUGGACUUCGGGGGGUUUGCCUUCUAGACACACACAGUCCUCCCCCCGCCCAGAUUUAAAGGGCUAAACAGAGACUGGGUGGGCUUGAUUUCCUCAGAAACGAGUCACCCCCCAGCUCAGAGUGGCAGCGCAUUACGCAGCC